AUGCAAUGUUCAGUCACAUUUCUAUUAUGUUUCUUCACGACAUGUGUCUUGACAACAUUAUCAUCACCAAACUUUUUGGGUGUUUCUGAUGAACAACUUAUACCCCAUUAUGAAGGAUUCUUAUCCAAAUAUGAGAAAAAGUAUACAAAUCAUUCUGAAGAAUAUUGGAAACGUUUCCAUAAUUUUAAGCAAAGUUUAGUAAAGUCAAGUUAUUUAAAUAAAAAACAUUACAAUGAUACCAGCGCAGUAUAUGGUGUGACUAAAUUUUCUGAUUUAUCACCUGAAGAAUUCAAAAGAAUCUAUUUAGAAGAUUUAAGAAGUCCUUUUCUAUUUAAACGAGUCAAACAAACAACACCUAUUGAAUUAAUACGUCAACUAAAAGUACCACAAAAAGUUGAUUGGAGAGAGAAAGGUAUAAUAUCUGAUGUUAAAAAUCAAAAGUCUUGUGGAGCAUGUUGGGCUUUCAGUUCUGUGGAGACAGUAGAGAGUAUGGUUGCUAAGGAAACAGGAGUUGCUGUUCCUGAUUUAUCAGUACAGGAAGUUAUAGAUUGUUCUAGUGAUAAUGAUGGUUGCGGAGGUGGUGAUACAUGUUCUGCUUUAAACUGGUUGCAGAUAGGUGCACGUUUAGUUUCUGAUGAUGCCUAUCCAUUAAAAGAUAAAUCAGAAGUAUGUCAAGUAUUAAGUGAGGAAGGUCAACCAAUGAUACAAGUUUCCAAUUAUACUUGUUUAGGUUUAGUGAGUCGUGAAGAUGAAAUGGUUCAAUUAUUAGCUGAUGUUGGACCACUAACAGUAACAGUAGAUGCUACAACUUGGAAUAACUAUAUUGGUGGUAUUAUACAGUUUCAUUGUUCAGAUUUUAAUAAUCACGCUGUACAAAUAGUAGGUUAUGACUUAACAGGUCCUGUUCCUUUAUAUAUUGUCCGAAAUUCCUGGGGAUCAGAUUUUGGUAUAGAUGGUUAUCUUCAUGUUAAAAUUGGUGAUAAUUUAUGUGGAAUUGCAAAAAGGGUUUCUACAGUUCAUGUGAAAGCGUAG